CCUCUGUCCUCUCCUCGUCCAUCUCCCCUACUCGGACCGCCCUUCUCAUCCCUCUCACCUCAUCUCUUCAAAACAGCAGCAGCACCACCAGCACCAGCAUUACCACCACCAGCACCAGCAGCAUCAUCCACGCCUCUCCUGCCACUGCUUCUGUAGCCGGUGCCCUCCUCUUGCUCUCCGAUACACCUGAUGCUUUCACCCCUGCUGACCGCCGUUGGCUGGCUUCUAUAGCUGCACGGCUGCAUGCCGUUCUGUCUUCUCCCUCCCCUUCUCCCUCCUCUCCUGCGUAACCUUAACCCUCCUGCUCUCCCUCUUCUCCCUCCACAUCUCCCUCGUCUCCCUCCUCUUAUCCCUCCUCUUCUCCCUCCACAUCUCCCUCAUCUCCCUCCUCUUAUCCCUCCUCUUCUCCCUCCUCUCGUCUUCCUCCUCUCCUUCCCCACUGUCUGCUGGUGUCGGGGAUGCUGGCUCUGAGGCAGAAGCAGCACUACAAUACCUUUCGAUAACUCCUUAAAGCCCGUGACUAAAAUAACAUUCAAGAUUCAUGAUUGAAUUCCUCUUGAACUUGGCAUUUGAUUGAUAUUAGAAUUUAUUGGGCUGAGAAAAGCCCUUAGGAUCUUUCCAGAGACUAAGUCCCAGUUGUAGAAUGAGACUUGAGUAGUGCAGCGGAAGUUGAGGCAGUUGAACCCUUAUACUAGUAUA